CACACAACUCUACCAGGUAGGUAAUUUAACCAACCUUUUCAGGGGACAGUUGAAAUCAAAUACUGAGAUAACUCAUGUAAGUUCAAUUAUGAAUAAGGCAAUUUAGGAGCCGAAAUCACGUCAGACUUGAGACUCGGCGUUGUCAGGACUGUGGAUAUUUGUUCGACGAAGGAAUAUCAUCUACAUAUUCCCCGCUCAUUGAACCCCUGUCUAGGUCUGACGAAAGCCGACAAUUCCAAAUUCCCCUAGUCCGUUUAUUAUUAAAUAGAACAGAUGCGCACUGAUGGUUAUGGUAGGAUAGAGGCGAGCUGAAGUUCAUAUUUUGACACAUUCACCUUCAGACCGUCGAGAUAACCUAUUACCAUGUCUAAAAAUCAUGAUGUUAUAACUGCACUCGCGCCGUCCAGUACCGAGCGGGAUUUCAUCUGCGACGAGUGCAAGGCAAUAGAUUUCAACAAAGCAUUAGCGGUGCCGGCAGCUCAACUCCGUGACGGGAAUGAUUCGGAGUGCGGCAUACUACUUGAUACGAAUGCUUCGCGAUAUGCGUCCUCGCCCAAUCCCGCCUGUAAACUAUGUCGCAUUCUGCGGUCGACGAUAUGCUGGUACCACGAAGAAUGGUGGUCUGACCCUGACGAACAGGCCGAUCAUGACGCUAUAGAAGAUUUUGAGCUUUACGCGUUUGCUUCCUCGCGAAACGUUCCAUGGGGAUUCAGGAAACCGGGGCCCGACCAGGACUAUCAUAUCCUCAUCACACUCCCUGCUGGGUUUUUCGCUAGUUUCGGCGACCAUUCCCGGCAGUGCGGUCGGGGUGAGGCGGGAUAUGUAUUCUGUUUCGAUAAAAUCCCCUCCCCGGGUCUUUUUAGGCCCCUGGUCAUUCCUAAACAAUUCGAUUAUCAGCGGGCUCGAGUUUGGUUAGAAUUUUGUAGGGAACAUCAUGGCCAGCAAUGCUGGAUCGCGGAAGAGAUAGUACCGGGAAUGGAACUGAUUGAUUGCGAGACUUGGACUGUUGUGGAGGCUAAACCAGGCAUGCGGUGGGUGGCUCUCAGCUACAUCUGGAAGGCCCGGGGAGAUGCAACAGAUGCGGAUUCAAAAGUUGGCCGUGAAUCUUCAUCUCCGCGUCUUCCCUCUUCCGUUCCUACCAGUAUCAAAGACGCUGCUACAGUGGUAAGACAGCUUGGGUUACGGUACCUUUGGGUCGACCGCUAUUGUAUCGAUCAGAGUAAGGAAGAAGAAAAGGAUUUCCAUAUUUCACGGAUGGAUGCGAUCUAUCGUGGAGCAGAGCUGGUCAUUAUCACUGCGGCGGGCACCGACGAGGACUAUGGAUUGCCGGGAGUCGGGUCGACCCCUCGUUUACAGCAAGACAUAGUUCCGCUUGAGUCCUCUACUAUCUUCACCACUGGUCCCGACCCACGUUGGCAUGUGCAAGAGCACUCUCGGUGGUGGACGAGGGGGUGGACUUAUCAAGAAGGGCUACUGGCUAGUCGACGUCUCGUGUUUACUGACCAUCAGGCGUAUUUCGAAUGCCACGGAGCGACUUGGAUGGAGUCAGUAGGCGGUGUCGAAUUCGCCCCAAACCAAAAGAUACCUGUCAACUUAGCCAGCAUGAAAGCGGCACGCAAACGCCUGUUCAAGCCUUUGGGAAGCACCAUCUCUACCGAUCUAAAUAUCCCCCCAAGAGUAAGCGACGAUGGUUCCACGUCGCGUAACGACUACCUAGUGGCAAUCCAAAUCAGAGAAUGGUGUCAGUUGGUUGGGCAGUACACGUCGCGUACACUGAGCCAUGAUGUGGAUUCUCUUAACGCUUUCGCUGGGAUUGCGCGGUUGCUAAGCAAACUAGAGCGCCCUACACUUCAUCUCGUCGGCCUUCCGUAUGUGCUCACCACGGACGAUACCGAGCUUACGGAUAGAUAUUUCUUCGCAUCUUUCUGCUGGCAUCACUCGAAAGAUUGCGCUCCUCGACGGAGGCCGGACUUCCCAUCGUGGAGCUGGUCGGGCUGGGCGGGGCCGGUGACUUGGAUGGGCGUCUGGGUGCUCGAGCGCAGGGCAGAAUGCGACCCGAAGUGGCGGAAUGUGCGUAUCCAAGAUUCGACAGAACAGUCCCGUCCCGUCUCGGAGUAUUUGGCGCAACAUACUCCGAUAGACAACGGUAUUCCACCACCCCUCGCCAUCUGCUUCGAAGCGAGAGUGGUCCCUUUGUCACUUUUCCAGUUUAACAUUAGAACGCCUGACGACGGUCGGGUAAACACCUUUGUGCGUGACGAGGAUGAGGAUGAGGAUGAGGAAAGUAGAGACAAUACAGAAGACGACGAUAAUGAGAAUGACGACGAAUUUCAGAGUAACAAUGAGGAUGGUAACGAAGUUGGUAACGAAAACGACAGUCACGGUGAGAACGAGGAUGAUUCUGAUGAUGAAGAGGGCGAAGAUGAAGCUUCCCCAGAAGAUGAACCAGCCGUUCCCGAUCCGGAUAACUGGGGCCUUUGGACCAUUGGGAUCCAUAGAGUACACAGCGACGCGACAAAGCCUACGAAGACGCCGAACGAGUUACUUGAUCAUUUGAAGGAUGGCACUUGGUCAUGUCUUUUGAUCGGAGAUUACAGCGGAAACGGCGGUUAUACGCAUGAGCGGUUCCUCUUGGUCGUAAAGUGGUUAGAUGAGAAGACGGCGACCAGGGUUGGUGCCCUGGUACUUCAACAGCACUACUAUCUGGAUCAGGCCUUCCCAGAUUUCUUCGACGAGAGUGGUCUAGAUUGGCGAAGCGUUCGGUUGGUUUAGCGGCGUUGGGUGUUGGAAAAGGGGUAGUUGCAGUCGUGGUUGUAAAGAGAAGAGUGAAGGCUUUUAUACCUACCAGGUACCUAUGUUAUUUAUUACCUAGGACAUAUAUCGCAAAAGUGUGGUUUAUUUUUCUAUAUGUCCACCUUAUAUUUAGGUCUUUAUAAUAUGAGAAAAAAGAGUCUUUGUAAACUCUCGAGUAGUUCUCUAAGGCAUCAAAGUUCGGCUUGCAAUAAACAGCUUAAGUCAAUACACCAGGAUAGAGACUCAAAUGAACUAAGACAAAACGUAGUAUUACUUUGGAUACCCAACUGCCACCCAAUAUAGCUAUGACUAUAAUU